CUUCUACCAUCUUCUUCAUCCUCCUCCCUCCUCUCCUCUCUCUUUGCGAUAUCCUCGCUCCUCCUCCCCCUCCCCUCCUCCCCCCCUCCUCCUCCUUCCGUCCAGCUCCUUAACACGGUGCGGCGGUCUCAUCCCGUGCAAACCUCUUCCCUCUCUCUCUUUCUUCCUCUCACACCCUCCUUGACGCCCGGAGCGUCGUCCUGCUCGGCCACCCUCGCACGCCGCCUGUCCAUGGAGUGCUAACACGCCCAGCACCGCCCACCGAAGCCAACCACAGUCACUCCUUUCAACCUUCACUCUCUUUCACUGUUCGUCCUCCUUCUCGGCCUUUCCCCUGCCCCUCUCUUCUUCAUCUCCUCUUCGAAACUUCUCAUUCUUCCCUCCCCUCCCCUCCCCUCUCCCUCCUCUUCAACGUUUAAAGAUGCCGCGCAUCCCAUCCCGCGAAGAGCCCUACCACUCUGUGGCCAAGUGCAACCGUCACUGGAAGACCAAGCGCGAAUUUGUCACAAAGGCGGCAAACAAGGCCUCCCACGUGGACGGCAGCCACUACCUGCUCGUCUGUGUCACCCCCAAAGGCAACAUUGAGGUGCACGCUAGUGAGCACUUUUACGACGACGCCAGUCAAACUCGUCUCGAUGGUGUCAUCAACUGGGAGGUCCUCCGCAGACGCGCAACUGUCAUCCAGUCCAAGAACGAGGAGCGAUGGACCGAGAUUGAGCGUCAGGAGAAGCGUUUCGGCGUUGAUGGCGAGGACGGCGAUGACGACGCCGCCGACGACGACGACGACAGCAGUAACAAGGGUGCCGGCAGCCACCACGGCAGCACAGUCGACUUUGACCCUUCCCUCAUGGAUGGCACUGUUGACGCCGCGACUGCCCAGGGCCGUCACACCCCCGCCCCUGGACAGCACGUCUUCUCCGCCGCCAAGGCCUCCCCACCCCGCCGCAUUGCCGCCAUCACUAUCACCCCCAUGAUGCUCGAGUCGGUUUACAUUGAGCGUUUCACCCACCUCGGACAGUCGGUCUGCGCCAACAUUCUCAAGGCCUGGAUCAAGGUCGUCGAGCCCAAGAAGCAGACCAAGUACCCGUACAAGAAUAAACGCGGGGACGAGGGUAAGCCUCCACCCUGGUGGCCCGUCGGUAUGCGCCACAUUGAGCCCGACCACCUUCACAAGGAGGAGCGCCCGCGUCUUUUGGCGAGCAUUAUCCAACAGGCCAGCCGCCCUCGCGCCGAGGGCUCUGCGGCCAUUGCUGCGGCGACCGCCCCGGACCUCCGCGAGCUCACCAUCUCUCGCCUGCACUUUGCCACCGCCGAGAUUUCGUCUUCCAUUCCUCCGCGCCAGCACUACGAGCUCCGCCAGAUCUACCUCAUCGCCAAGGAGGUCCGCAAGGCCAACGAGGACAAGAUCCGUGAGCAGCGUGCCCACGGAAUAGUCAAGAUUGAGGACCGCAACGCCCACCUCUGGACUGAAAUCACGGUCGACUUUUUUGAGAAGCCCCCUGUUGGUGGCGUGCACCCUGCCUCCAAGCGCCCGUACGACACUACCGGCAUGGGUCUUGCCUUUGACCCCAUGGCAGACAACAAGGAGAACGUUGACUUUGAGCGCCACAUCAAGCGUGGCAAGCACAUGACGAGCCCUCUCAAUGAUAUGCACCACCAGCAGGUCCCGGCUCCUCUAACGACUCACCACAACGUCUAUGCCGUGCCCUCGUAUGGUGUGGAGCCGCACACCCCGCACACGCCCUAUGGCGGUGGCUGGACCGUUGCCCCCAUCACGAUCCCACCCGUCCAGGCUGCUACCCCGACCUCUGCUCCGUCCACCGCUCACCUCACGAGUGCAGGUCACCAGGCCCAGCAGCAACAGGCAUACUACCGUGCGGCUAUGACCACCGAGAUCUCACACAGCUACCCCGCCAGCAACGCCUCUUACACUCCCCCACAGUCGCAACAGACUCUGCACUCUGCUUCAGCCCCUACUCCCGCUUCGGCGGGCACUCCGGCGUACGGCAGCACGCAGAGCUACUCGUACCAGCUCAACUACUCGAGUUCGACUCCUGCGCCAUCAGCGACUCUGUACACGGCCGGCUGCACGCCGCCCGGGUACGCCGCCUACGGCCCGUACGAGCAGCAGGCCUUUGUCAACGACAUUCCUGGCCUCUCGGCGUAA